AUGCUCACCGUUAGCUCUGUCUCUAUGAGCGAUAGAGCGCUGAACCAAGUUCUUCACGCCUCAGACUUUGCGCACUUAUUUCCCGUACAUUCGGGACAAACACUUGGAGUACUAAAUCCUGACGGAACUGUCACUCAACUCAAUCCACAGGUUGUGGUCAGUAGUGCGGCGGCCGUCGGGACGCAAGAACCGGGAACUGAAAACCAAGUGAAUCAAACAAAUCAAAGUAAUGUCCCGACGAGUAUGUCGUCCAACACAAGCGGCCAAACGGUUUUGGCGAACGUCCAGUUGCCGAACGGACAGAUCGGACAAUUAAUAUCGGCACCCGUUUGGCCAUCAAAUUCAAUAAACCUCUCGAGUUUAGGCGGUUUGAGAUCCGGUCAGAACCAAGUGAUUCAAGUGCAGGGAAUGGGAGGACUGCAGACAAUACAAUGUUUGCCAUCACUUGAAUUGUUUUGCAAUGUUUUGGUAAUUGGUUUGAGAUCCGGUCAGAACCAAGUGAUUCAAGUGCAGGGAAUGGGAGGACUGCAGACAAUACAACUCCAGGGCGGAGGUCAACAGCAGGUGAUAUCCGCUUCUCCCGCAGCUCUACAGAGCCUGAGUAUAACUCCGUCGGGGAAUAUCGUGGCCAACGUUCCGACCAAUGCUGGCCAACAGGUGGGACCCAUGAGUCCCGUUCAAGCCAUUCAAAUCGCAAACGCGGGCCAAUUCAUGACCCAAACCAAUGCCGGGACAUCUCGUAAGAGAAACUACUCGUCGCCCACCGAUGUUUCGGUUCAGAAUCAAAUUGAAGAACAGUUUGCGGCCACCCCUACGACUGACGGCAUGGCAACGCCGGGCAGUGGCCGUCCUAAGCGACGUUUGAAAAGUGAGGGCAUAAAUAGUGAGACCAAUAAACAACAUGUCUACUAUGAACUGACGAGUGAAGAGUCCAGUAGUGAUGCGACCGUUUCUGAUCCACGAGACUCGGACUACUCUCCGACUCAAGACAAGUAA